UUUGAUAGUAAAAUAGGUAUAUGACAUUUUAUGCAAAAUAUGUAAUGCAAAAAUUACGUCGAGAUAAUAAAGACAAGAGAAAUAAACAUAUGUAAUACUUUACUUGCAUCACGCGAGUGUAAGCGAGCGUCAGGUCAAAAGCAAAAAUCUAACUUGAAACUUCAAUAAGCCGAUGAAAAUACUAGCUAAAUCUAAAAAAAUUCAAGGCCCGCGUAAUCCGAGUCCUGGGCCGGAUUCAGUUGUAUGUGAAAUCCAAUUUUAUACUUUCUUUGAACGGGUGCCAGCGCGGCUCUGCUCCGUAGGUGUGCUAAAUGGCACGAAAGAUAAAACCGCCAAAAAUAACCGCGCUUCAUAAACAAUAAGCACGUUUUCCUUGUCCACGUAACGCCUACGCGCAUUUUUUCGUCGACUUGGCACGGUGUCAAAAUGCAAUAGAACUUUGAAUUCACAAAUAUUUUAAACUUUGUAAUGGGUUUUUGAUUUAAAUUAAUGUUAUUAGCCCUUUUUUAUAAAAUGAUGUAAUAUUCGUAACGUUUAACGAGAUACGCUGGCUUAGGAAAACUGUCACAAAAGGGACAAGAUUUUAAAAAACCGUACAAAUUAGAAAUUAUAAAAGUUCUUUUGAAAACACGAAGGCAUCAAGACUACAUAAACCACCACCAUGUCUGACGAAGAAGAAUACUCUGGCUCCGAGGAGGAGGAGGUUGAAGAAGAAGUUCCGGAGACGCCCGCCCCCAAACCAGAGAGUAGACCAUCGAUCGCGGGUGAGGGAGAUCCAGAAUUCAUCAAGCGUCAGGACCAGAAGCGGUCGGAUUUGGACGAGCAGUUGAAGGAAUACAUCAACGAAUGGCGCAAACAGCGAGCCAAGGAGGAGGAGGAGCUCAAACGCCUCAAGGAGAAGCAGGCUAAGCGCAAGGUAUCUCGCGCUGAAGAAGAGAAGCGCCUUGCCCAAAAGAAGAAGGAAGAAGAAGAGAGGAGAGUUCGCGAAGUUGAAGAGAAGAAACAGCGCGACAUUGAGGAGAAGAGGCAGCGGCUCGAGGAGGCCGAGAAGAAACGCCAGGCUAUGCUCCAGGCGAUGAAAGAGUCCAGCAAGACCGGACCCAACUUCACCAUCCAGAAGAAGAGUGAUAACUUCGGCUUGUCCAACGCCCAACUGGAACGCAACAAGACCAAGGAGCAGCUCGAAGAAGAGAAGAAGAUCUCCCUCUCCAUCCGCAUCAAGCCCCUCAGCAUCGACAACCUGUCCACAGAGAAGCUACGGAUAAAGGCUCAGGAGCUGUGGGACUGCAUCGUCAAACUCGAGACCGAGAAAUACGAUCUUGAGGAGAGGCAAAAGAGGCAGGACUACGACUUAAAAGAGCUCAAAGAAAGACAAAAGCAGCAGUUGAGACACAAGGCCCUGAAGAAGGGUCUCGACCCAGAGGCACUCACAGGAAAGCACCCGCCUAAAAUUCAAGUAGCGUCCAAAUACGAGAGGCGUGUGGACACACGGUCGUACGACGACAAAAAGAAGUUGUUCGAGGGCGACCUAGAAAAAUUGAACAAGGACUUCCUUGACAAAGUCUGGCACGAGAGGGCUGAGCAGUUCGGAGGCAGGCAAAAAACGAGACUGCCCAAAUGGUUCGGCGAGAGGCCCGGCAAGAAGAAGGGCGACCUGGAAUCCCCUGAGGGCGAGGAGGACGUCAAGGCGGAGCCUGAGGAGGAGGACGAGCCUUUGUACGAGCCCGAGCCCGAGGAGGAGGAGGAGGUCGUCGAGGAGGAGGAGGAGGAAGAAGAGGAAGAGGAGGAGGAAGAAGAAGAAGAGGAGGAAGAAUAAACGCAAACCAGCGACUCACUUGGACAAGAAGCGCGGCCCCCGGUCGCGGGAGCGUUGUAAUCCAUUAACUUAUUGCUAUUAUAAAUUAUUUUUAUUAUUUAUACUGUUGAUCGCGCGUCGCCGCCACCUCAUGACGUCACAAUAAACUAAUUUAUUUCAUAA